GUAACGGCACUUCGUCGGCUGCCAUUUUGUGCGGCAUCGUGACUGGGCGAAGAAAAAGCUCCAAAUUGGUGAAAGAGCAGCCAAGAGAUUUUUUAAAGUGUUUGCAGUGUUUUAAAAACGUAAAAAAAAAUGCGUGAAGUGAUCUCGAUACAAAUUGGUCAAUGCGGCAUUCAGAUUGGCAACGCCUGUUGGGAAUUAUAUCUGCUGGAGCAUGGCAUCAAUAUGGAUGGCAGUCGCAAGACGCAGGAGCAGCUAACGGAAAGUGGCAGCUCCAGUGCAACCCUGGGACAGAGCACCAAUGCAAAUGAUGCCCAUACGUUUUUCACUGAAACGGGAAACGGUAAACAGGUGCCGCGUUCCAUUUUCGUUGAUUUGGAGCCCACUGUAAUCGACAGUGUGCGCACCGGAGCCACCAAGGAUCUGUAUCAUCCGGAACAGCUGAUAUCGGGCAAAGAGGAUGCGGCGAAUAAUUUUGCACGCGGUCGUUAUUCCAUUGGCAAGGAGGUGAUUGACAAGGUCACCUCACGGCUCCAGAAGAUUGCCGAGCAGUGCGACGGAUUGCAGGGCUUCCUCAUCUUUCAUUCCAUGGGCGGAGGCACUGGCUCAGGAUUCACCUCGCUACUCAUGGAGCGUUUAUCGAAUGAUUUCAGCAAGAAAUGCAGAUUGGAUUUUGCAGUGUAUCCAUCGCCCAAAGUGUCCACAGCUGUGGUGGAGCCUUAUAAUGCGCUACUCACCACACACUCGACGAUUGAGCAUGCGGAUUGUGUGUUUAUGGUGGAUAAUGAGGCCAUCUAUGAUAUAUGCAAUAAUAAGUUGGGUGUGGAUCGUCCAGCUUAUCAGAAUCUUAAUCGGCUGAUUGCCCAAAUUGUCAGCUCGACGACGGCCUCGUUGCGUUUCAGUGGCUCCAUGAAUGUGGAUUUGAAUGAGUUCCAAACGAAUCUGGUGCCCUUUCCGAGAAUUCACUUUCCUCUGGUUGCCUAUGCUCCGCUGAUGUGUGCGGAACGUGCGGCACAUGAACAACAUGCGAUUACGGGAUUAACCAAUGCCUGCUUUGAGUCCUCCAACAUGAUGGUCAAGUGUGAUCCGCGUGCCGGCAAAUACAUGGCCUGCUGUAUGCUGUAUCGUGGUGAUGUUGUGCCCAAGGAUGUGAAUGCCGCCGUUUCGGCCAUUAAAUCCAAACGCCAUAUACAAUUUGUUGACUGGUGUCCCACGGGCUUCAAGAUCGGCAUUAAUUAUGAGAGACCCGCUUUUGUGCCCGACGGAGAUUUGGGUCCCACAUCGCGUGCCUGCUGUAUGUUGUCCAACACCACAGCCAUAUCGGUGGCAUUUACAAAUCUAUCCUAUAAAUUCGAUUUGAUGUUCAGAAAACGCGCCUUUGUCCAUUGGUAUGUCGGCGAGGGAAUGGAGGAGGGCGAAUUCACCGAGGCCAGGGAUAAUAUUGCGGUGCUCGAGGGCGAUUUCAAUGAGGUGGGACUCAAUAAUGAUGAGGACGCUGGCGAGGAGUUUGAUGAGUUUUAAAAUACCCUGCAUGUAAUCCUCAUAAAUAAAAAUUAUCAUUAAUUUGAAGUGUUUCAACUGAAC